GUGACUUCAUUGUUUUCAUUAAACUAGCUGUUUAUGUGAGGUUGCCCUGAAAACUCAUUUCAUCAUUAACUUUUUCUCGCCCUUGUGCCAGAGACAGAAGGCGAAAAAAAAAUGGAAAGUGAGUGUGAAGAGAACCUGAGGACACCAACAGAGACCUCACCUCCACCCUCAGGCCCAGGUGGUCUCGUCAUCUUUGGACGGCUGGUGCAAAAACACAGCUAUGUCAGCGCCCUUAUCAUCAUGAUGGUGUGGAGUAUCACCUACAACAACUGGUUGACUUUCGCCCUGUUGGUGUGGUCCUGUAUAAUUUGGAUGAUGCGAGACAGACGCCGCUAUGCCAUGAUGUCCGCCCCUUUCCUGGCUAUCUAUGGCACCGUCCUGGUGGUGCUCGGCUUCCUGAGCGGGCUGCGUCUCAGCCGGGCCGAGCUGUACCCCGGUCUCCCUCUGGCUGUGAUAGCAGACUUUGACCUGAACAGCUAUCACCCUGCGCCCUGCGUCCACUUGGGAGCAAAAGUCUUGUACAGCUUCAGCUUUUGGUUGAUGUUUCGUCAGCAGCUGACGGAGAGAAAGGAGGAGCAGAGCUUAAAGGAAGAAUCUCUGGAUGACGUCAAAGUUGUGCCGCCGGAGGAAAAUCAGCCAUCACCUCUGGUAGCAAUGCUGAUCUCAGGAGUGAAGGGGCUGCUGGUGAAAUACUGGAUCCUCUUCUGUUGCUCUAUGUUCUUUGUCAUCAGUUUCUCUGGAAAGGUCGUCGUCUAUAAGAUCCUCUACAUUGUCCUCUUCCUGUUCUGUGUUGUCCUCUACCAGACCCGUUAUGACGUUUGGCGCCGGCUCCUGAAGACGUUCUGGGCGGUGGUGGUCGGUUACUCCAUGGUGGUGUUGAUCGCCAUCUACAUGUACCAGUUCAGAAGUGUGUCUGGGCUGUUCAGGCAGAUCAUGGGCAUGUCAGAAGAAGGUCUUCGGGACCUGGGUUUAGAGAGGUAUGACACAGUGGAGCUGUUUGCACGUAUCCUGCUUCCUGCUACGUUUCUAUUGGCUUGUAUCCUCCAGCUGCACUACUUCAACUCAGACUUCCUGACUCUCACUGACCUCGACAAUGUACCUGUCAGACAAACUUCCAGAGAGGAAGAGCUCAGGAGUUCAGUCAAUGUGAUAUCUGAGACCAUUAAAGAAAAUGUUGAAAAGUUCCAGAAAAGGCUUGUGAAGGAGCAAAUGGGAAAUGGGAAAAGUCUGGAGACUCUGGACAGCGUUGGACUGCAAACCUCUUCAGAGAGAUUAAAUGAGGAGCAGGAGGAGAGGACAGAAGACGAGUGUGUCACCGACAGUCAAGAGGACAAGUGGGUCGUGAUUGUGGACCGGGCGAGCCUGCUGCUCGUUCAGGCUUUGUCAGGACUGCACAAGGUCCAGGAGCAGAGCUGGAGACUGCUGGAGCUCCACAGCCUCAAGAUCGUGUCCUCCGGCAUCAUCUGGGUGUCACUGCAAGAGGUUUCUCUGAUGAACUUGCUCUUCCUGGUUCUGUGGGUGUUUGCUCUGCCAUUCCCACGUUUAAGACCUUUGGCAUCCAGCAUCUCUGCUGUGUGGGCCUGUGUCAUGGUGGUGUGCAAGAUGUUUUACCAGCUCAAAGUCAUCAAACCCCUUGAUUACUCCUCCAACUGCACAGCUGCCCUGGCACCAUCCAACAGCUCGGGCCUGGAUGAUGGAGAGGAGCUGAGGGGGAACAUGAUGGAGCUGCUCAGGAGGUCUGUUCUUUACAUCGAACCUGUAGACCCCAUCUACUGGUGUGGAGCACUGCGGAAAUGCGAGGGCAGGAUCCUCCCCUGUCUCAAGAACCAUCUGAUGGUGCUGGGGCUGCUGGUGUUUGAGGCAACCGUCCACCGGCACCAGCUCUACUUCCGUCUGCACAACGACCUGAAGGCCCCGCCAUUCAGCAUCAUCUUCCAGGGCAUCACGAGGCAGCACCUGGAUCACGGAAUCCUGCCCUGCAUCAAGUACUUCAUCAACUUUUUCUUCUACAAAUUUGGACUGGAGGUCACUUUAAUCGUGGCAGUGAACGUGAUUGGUCAGAGGAUGGAUUUCUAUGCCCUGCUACAUUCCUGCGCUUUAAUGGCUGUUUUGUCACGGCGCCGCAGAAAGGCUAUCGGGGAGGUGUGGCCGAAAUACUGUUGCUUUACUGCAGGGCUCAUGGUGCUGCAGUACGUGCUCUGUAUUGGCAUCCCACCUGCUUUCUGUGCUGACUACCCCUGGAGAACUGCAACUCAUCCUCUGACCUCUAAUGUUAUUAAGUGGUUUUACCUGCCUGACUUUGCUAUGAGACCUAACCCCUCAUUCAUAUUCUACGACCACCUCCUGCUGCUCUGCUCAUCUCUGCAGUGGCAGGUGUUUGAGGAGGAGAACCGAGCGGCGGUGCGACUGCUGGCUGGAGACAAUGUUGAGAUCAGCCGUAGUCUGGACCCUUGUACCUUCAACCAGUUCAUACCUGUAGAUAACUUCCUUCACUGCAGGUGCUACCUCGACAUGGUGAAGGUGUUUGUGUUCAGCUAUUUCUUCUGGUUGGUGCUGUGCCUCAUCUUCAUCACAGGCACCACACGGAUCAGCAUCUUCUGUCUGGGCUACCUGGUGGCCUGUUUCUACUUCAUGCUGUUCGGAGGCAGUGUGUUGAUGCAGCCGGUCAGAUACAUCCUGCGACUGUGGGACUGGCUCAUCGGAUACACCUGCUUUGUGAUCGCCAUGAAGAACCUGCUGUCUCUUGGUUCUUGUGCAUUCCUGGACAGCCUGGUGAAGAACAGCUGCUGGUUAAUUCAAGCCUUCAGCAUGUUCUGCACUAUCAAAGGCUAUGACAUCCCCGAUCCUGACGAUGAGUGUGAGCUGCCGGAGGGCGAGGCUGGCAUCGUCUGGGAUGCCAUCUGUUUCACUGUCCUCCUGGCCCAGAGGAGGGUCUUCCUCAGCUAUUACUUCCUUUACGUGGUGUCUGACCUCAAGUCGUCCAAGAUAUUAGCCUCCAGGGGUGCUGAGCUGUUUGAAGCCAAAGUGAAGAAGUUGGUAGCAGCGAGACUGGAGUUGGAGAAGAAAUCUGUGGAAACACUGAAGAAACAGAUGGAGAAGAUCAAAUCUAAACAGAAGGGUCGGCCUGCAGCAGCAGACAAAACGACUCUUUCUGCUGAUCAGGAGCAGGUGACACAGGCUGAGGAUGAGAAGGCAAAGAAAGAUGCAGGAAAAUGGUGGAAGCCUUGGGUGUCUCAGCCUGGAGUGGAAAACAACUGUGGCUACCACCUGUUUGAGAGUGACAGCGAGGAGGAAGAGGAGGAAGUUAUAGAGAAGAAGGAAGAGGAGGAGCCAAUAAAGAAGAAAUCUGCUUUCCAGUUGGCAUACAACGCCUGGGUCACCAGCUCUAAGGUGGCUCUUAAGGACCUGAAAAAGGAGAAGAAGAAAAUAAAGAAAGAAGAGAAGAAGAGAGCAAAGAAAGAGCUGCAGAGACAGCAGGGUAUUGAUAGGACAGACUCAAGUGAAGAUGAACUGGAUGAAAGCAUUGUGGAAGAGGAGGGAGAGGAGGAAAAAGAAAACAUUCUGCAGCGCGUUGUUAACACCUUGAAGUUCAUUUGGGUGUUUGUUCAGGCCCUUCUUGACGACCUGACGGAGGGUCUUAACUCGUUCUGUAAAGACAGCCUGGGCAUUUCCAAGGUGCUGCUCUUUGAGCGAGCAUUACUCAGCCAGCAGCAAAAGAAGGGUAAAGAGGUGAGCCAGGAGAGUGUGAAGCAGUUUUAUGAAAACUGGAUGUCCCGUCAGAACACACUUUCAUCUCAAGACGACCUAGAUGACUCCCUGAAUCCCCUGUCCUCCCCACCUUGUGUUCCCUCCUCCUCACACCAUGCCUAUGAAAAGCUGAAGAACCAAGCCUCUAAAGUGUCUUGGGGUAGCAGCGUUUCCAGCUGUAUGACAGAUGAGACGAUGCUUGGCACCCGGCAACCAACCCAGGAAGAGCUGGACGAACUUCCUGUUGUACCGCCUGCUGCUGACCAGAUCAGACGGAGGCUCAUGAGAACAGCCAACAUCGACCUGACCUUUGUUGUGAUGGAUGAACUUCCACCAAGCUGUGAAGAUGGGAGCCCUCAAAAAGAAGACCAUGAACAAAUGGACGAUGAGGAGAACGUGGAGGUUGAGACAAAACCUGAGAAAGAACAAGAAGAGACAGAGGAAGGGGAACAACAAGAGGAGGAUCGUGAGGUGGAGAGAGAAGAGCUGACUGAGAAAACACAGCAGAGAGAAGAUGGUGAGUGCUUCGAUUACCCAGAAUCCACCUCAUUGGGCUUCAGGGACAGUGAUGGAGAGAAAACCCUCGACCUCCCAGAAUCUCCCAGACCUCUGAGUCAGGAAACAAGGAAACUCACUGCCAGUGAGCUGCUGCUUAACAACAUGUUUGAAAAUGAAGAGAUCUCACAGUCCGAUAAGUUUUUCAUGACGUUGCCGAGGCCACUGAAGCUGCUGUUUGCCCUCUAUAACACCAUGGUGUCCAAGUCAGAGAUGCUGUGCUACUUUGUCAUCAUCCUCAACCACAUUGUGUCGGCCUCGUUCCUCUCCCUCAUUCUGCCCAUUCUCAUCUUCCUCUGGGCCAUGCUGUCUGUGCCCCGGCCAAGCAAACGCUUCUGGAUGACCGCCAUAAUCUACACAGAGCUGACUGUUGUGGUGAAGUACUUUUUCCAGUUUGGUUUCUUCCCCUGGACCACCUCUGCCUACCGAGGCAUCAAUGCUGAACGGCCCUUCGCCCUGCCCAACAUCGUCGGGGUGGAGAAGAAAGAUGGCUACGUCCUCUUUGACCUCAUUCAGCUGCUUGCUCUGUUCUUCCACCGGUCUAUUCUCAAGUGUCACGGGCUGUGGGACAACAAGGAGGUUGAGAUGCCUGAUUUUUUCAAGAAAAUGAAGAAGAAAGUGGAGAAGAGAAAGGUGACUGGAGGAGAUAAGACCAGCAGCAGCAAAGAGAAAUCUCAACGUCGGCUCAAGUUCCUCCCUCUGCAGGCCUCCACCACCUCCAUAUUCUGUAGACGAAGGAAAGGCGAGUCUGCAGAAUCUGAUGAGGUGAAGCCCAAGAAGCAGGACAGCAAGAAGAAAAGGCGUAAACAACACAGGGCUCCUCUGAGCAGGAAGGAGAGGAUCAGACAGCAGAUCAAAGAGAGGAUGCUACAGAGCAAAGCUGCCAUCAUAGAAGUCGCCCUUCACAUUUACCUACCCAUUAGACAAUUUUUCUACGACAUCAUCCACCCAGAAUACAGUCCUGUGUGUGACGUCUACGCCCUCAUGUUUCUUAUCGACGUAGUCAACUUCAUCGUUACUAUAUAUGGAUAUUGGGCGUUUGGGAAAUACUCUGCAGCGGCUGACAUCACAGAGUCUCUGUCAGAAGACCAGGUUCCAGAGGCCUUCUUGGUCAUGCUGCUCAUGCAGUUCGGCACCAUGAUAGUGGACCGAGCCCUCUACCUGAAGAAGUCCCUGCUGGGAAAGUGUGUUUUCCAGGUGGUGCUGGUGUUUGGCAUACACUUCUGGAUGUUCUUCAUCCUCCCUGGGGUCACAGAGAGGAGGUUCAACAGGAACCCUGUCGCUCAGCUCUGGUACUUUGUGAAGUGUAUCUACUUUGGCCUGUCUGCCUACCAGAUCAAAUGUGGCUACCCAAACCGUAUCCUGGGUAACUUCCUCACCAAGAACUUCAACUACCUGAACCUCUUCCUCUUCCAAGGGUUUCGUUUGGUUCCCUUCCUGACAGAACUGAGGGCGGUGAUGGACUGGGUUUGGACUGACACUACUCUGUCACUCUCCAACUGGAUUUGUGUUGAAGACAUCUAUGCUAACAUAUUUAUCCUCAAGUGCUGGAGGGAAUCUGAAAAAAAAUACCCCCACCCUCCAGGACAGAAGAAGAAGAAAGUGGUGAAAUAUGGGAUGGGAGGAUUCAUCAUCUUCGCCCUCAUCAGCAUCAUCUGGUUCCCCCUCCUCUUCAUGUCACUGGUCCAGUCAGCAGCUGGAGUGACCAAUCAGCCACUGGACGUCUCCAUCCAGCUCAGCAUCGCAGGAUAUGAGCCUCUGUUCACAAUGAGUGCCCAGGAGCAGAACUUGAUUCCAUACACAGAAAAUGGAUUCAACCGACUCUCCAAAGUUUACGCGACCCAUCCAUCUGCUAUGCAGUUCAUAAUGAACUACAUGGUGGAGGACAUUGUUGUUGCUAAGAUCAAGAGCGAUGCUAGUCUGCUGUGGAGUAUCAGUCCGGCCAGUCGAGAGGCCAUGAUACUGGAGCUCAGCAACUCUUCUCAUAUAUACAUGACCUUACGCUGGACACUUCUCAGAAAUGCCUCCAUAUCAAUGAAUGCAGAGACAAUGGGAGAACACACUGUGAAGUUUGAGGACAAGGCCUUGAGGGAAGGGAUAGUCCACAUGCUCAAAGGCGACAGCAGCAAACCUGUAAUCAUUAAUUCCCUGCUGCCAAAGUUCAUCAGGGGUCCCAAAGGACCAGAGUCCAAAAUGGCAACCAGGAUGAAAGUAGAGUACUCAGACCGCCCAGACCUGGCUUUCUUCAGGCCCAUGUCAAUCAAACUUCAACAUAUCGCUGGGGCUUCAGGAGGAGAAGCAGACCAGUGGUGGGUCGUAGAGGAGUGCUCUCCAGGUCUCACCUCCACCAACUACAACUGUCACAGCAUAGAGAUAGUGUUGUUCAACGAUAAAGUCAGCCCCUCCAGUCUGGGCUUUCUGGCUGGACAUGGCAUUGUUGGCCUCUACAUGUCAGUGGUGCUUGUCAUUGGAAAGUUCGUCAGAGAGUUCUUCAACGGGAUCUCCAGGUCCAUCAUGUUUGAGGAGCUGCCAUGUGUGGACCGCGUGCUGAAGCUCUGCACGGACAUUUUUGUAGUCCGGGAGACAGGAGAGAUGGAGCUGGAAGAGACACUGUUUGAGAAACUCAUCUUCCUCUACCGAUCGCCAGAGACCAUGAUCAAGAUGACCAGAGAGAAGAAAGACAGCUAGGGUUCAGUGGAAUACCACGUGCCUGUACAGGACAUCACUCCAAUUGGAUGUACUAGAGCUAAUAACAUUUGGUUCAGGGGAAUUAAAUCACUUCAUUUUUAUUAUGAGUGCAGUUAAAGUUGGAUUUGAGACAAAUGGAGCAGCAUGGGGAACUUCAUUAAUGAUCCAGAUGUAGCCAAAAAUCCUACUGAAGUGCCCCUGAGAAAGACUGCCUCACUUUCUAACUAAUCCUUACAUUUGGCUUCAAUGGAAAGUCCAAGCAGAUGAAUGCUUAUAUAAAAAUGGAUGGACAGUUUUCAUGAUACAAUUAAAACGCACUGAACCCCAACACCAAUUAACCUGGACUGCAACAAUGAGUUUACAGUUCCUGCCAGUUGUUAUUUCCUGUAGUUUAAUUUUUAGCUCACUGGGCAAUGCAUGCAUUUCUAAUGAUUUUGGAUGCAGGUUUUUACUUGACAUCUUUCUCCAUGACUUAUUCUUACAGGAAAAAUUAAACUUCAAACUACUGAUAUGCUCAUGGAUCAACACACAAAUACCUCUGUAAAUACCAUGUUUCUGUAUAUGGCUAUAUAGACUACUGCACUGAUUUAUUUAUACCAAAAUAAAAAUUGUUG